AUGCUGUUCUGGCACACGCAGCCUGAACACUACAACCAGCACAACUCUGGCAGCUACCUGCGGGAUGUGCUGGCUCUGCCCAUCUUCAAGCAGGAGGAACCACAGCUGUCCCCCGAGAAUGGGACCCGCCUGCCGCCCCUCCAGUACGUGCUGUGCGCCGCCACCUCUCCAGCUGUGAAGUUACAUGAAGAGACCCUGACAUACCUCAAUCAAGGUCAGUCCUAUGAAAUCCGGCUGCUGGAAAAUCGGAAGCUAGGGGACUUCCAAGAUCUGAACACGAAAUACGUGAAGAGUAUCAUCCGUGUAGUGUUCCAUGACCGUAGGCUGCAGUACACAGAGCACCAGCAGUUGGAGGGCUGGCGGUGGAGCAGGCCUGGGGACCGGAUCCUGGAUAUUGAUAUUCCACUGUCUGUUGGUAUCUUGGACCCCAGGGCCAGCCCAACCCAGCUGAAUGCUGUGGAGUUUCUGUGGGAUCCAGCAAAAAGAGCAUCCGCAUUCAUUCAGGUGCACUGCAUCAGCACAGAAUUCACCCCCAGGAAGCAUGGGGGUGAAAAAGGAGUCCCUUUUCGGGUGCAGAUUGACACAUUUAAGCAGAACGAGAACGGGGAAUACACGGAGCACCUACACUCCGCCAGCUGCCAGAUCAAGGUGUUCAAGCCCAAAGGAGCUGACCGGAAACAGAAAACGGACCGGGAGAAGAUGGAGAAAAGAACAGUUCAGGAGAAGGAGAAAUACCAGCCAUCCUAUGAAACCACCAUCCUCACUGAGUGUUCUCCAUGGCCCGAUGUCGCCUACCAGGUGAACAGUGCUCCAUCCCCAAGCUACAAUGGCUCUCCCAACAGCUUUGGCCUCGGUGAAGGCAACAGCUCACCUACCCACCCAGUGGAGCCCUUACCCCUGGGCAGUGAUCACCUGCUCCCCUCGGCCUCCAUCCAGGAUGCCCAGCAGUGGCUGUACCGUAACCGCUUCUCACAGUUCUGCCGGCUCUUCGCCAGCUUCUCAGGUGCUGACCUGCUGAAAAUGUCCAGAGACGACCUGGUCCAGGUCUGUGGCCCUGCAGAUGGGAUUCGGCUCUUCAAUGCCAUCAAAGGCAGGAAUGUGAGGCCAAAGAUGACCAUCUAUGUCUGCCAGGAGCUGGAGCAGAACCAAGUACUCUUGCCCCAGAAGCAGGAUGGCAGUGGAGACAAUAGCCUGUGUGUGUACCACGCCAUCUUCCUGGAAGAGCUGACCACCUUGGAGUUGAUAGAGAAGAUCGCCAGUCUGUACAGCAUCGCCCCACAGCACAUUCACCGGGUUUAUCGGCAGGGCCCCACUGGCAUCCAUGUGGUGGUGAGCAAUGAGAUGGUUCAGAAUUUCGAAGACGAGUCUUGUUUUACCCUCAGUACAUUAAAAGCAGAGAGCAAUGACGGCUACCACAUCAUCCUCAAGUGUGGACUCUGAGCAGCUGCGACCUGCACCUGUCCCCACCCCACGGAGCCCCGGCUGUAGAAGUUGUACCCUCUGUCGGCUGCUGUUUCCCCUAACAAGCUCAGACUAGGAGGGACUCUGCCCAGACCAGAAAAGCCAA